AUGUAUAAAGACCAAAUUCCUUUCGAAACAGAAUGGAGCAAGGCUCAUCCAACAGUUCUUCGGUUAUUGAAACAACAAAAUGUCAACAAGUUAGAAUGGCAGGACUUAUUCUGUAUCGUUUAUAAUAUACAUUCUUGGGUACAUGAGGGAGCAGCUCAGGUUAGGCAAGCGCUUUCCGCCGAUAUAGCACAAUAUGUUUCCGAUACUCAUCAGAAAAUUAGUUGUAAAACAGAAGAGUUUGAUCUUCUGAAUAUUUAUAUUGAAGAAUGGAACCGUUUUUAUACCCAAACUAAUAUAUUGCCUCUUCCUUUUAAGGUAAUUGAAAACACCGAUGACAUGCAUCCCCUAAAUCGAUCCGAACGUUCUUCUACCUCUAGAAAUCGUCCUGUUAAAGAAGUUAUGCUAAGUUGUUGGAAUCAAACGAUAUUCACGUCCAUUUCACAGAAGUUAUUGAGCGCCGCAGAAAAGCUCAUUGAGCAAGAGAGAAACGGCGAAUCCUUCAACGCUCUUCUGGUUAUAGGAGUACGAGAAAGCUUCGUGGCUCUUAAUGAAGAUACCUGUGAUUCUGAUGAUAAGCUCGGUGUGUACAGAAAUACCUUCGAGAAGUCUUAUAUUGAUAGUACAUCCAACUAUUACAAAAAAAGAGCAUCAGAAUACUUACUCAAUUACGGCGUGAUCAACUACAUGUUAUACGCGGAUAAAAAGCUAGAUGAGGAGGAAAAUAGAGCUCGGAAGUAUCUUGAUCCAAACCCAGAAAGUAUUGGAAAGCUCGUGGAAAGCUGUGUUCAAAUACUCGUUAUAGAAUUUGAAGAACAAAUAUUAGCAGUUUGUCCAGGACUCAUUGAGAGAAACGACGUGGAGAAAUUACAAAUGUUAUACCGCUUGGUCAAGAGAACUCCAACUGGCAUUGAAAUCAUAUUAAAAUGUAUCGAUGAACAUAUCCGUCAUGAAGGCUUGAAUGAUAUGAAAAGCAAUGCAGAAACCAUAACUGUUGACCCUGAGAAGUACGUGACCCAACUGCUCUGUAUGUUCGAGAAGUUCAGCGCUCUUGUUAAAGACGGUUUCUGCGACGAUGCCAGGCUUUUGACCGCCAGAGACAAAGCUUUUCGAGAAAUCAUUAACGACACUACCAUCUUCAAAAUGGAACUACCAGUAACAAACAAUAAGAAAGGUCGAAAUGUUGCUGUGGAAUCAAAGUGUCCUGAACUACUGGCUAAUUACUGUGAUUUGUUGUUAAGAAAAACUCAAUUGAGUAAAAAGUUGUCGUCCGAGGAGAUUGAUGAAAAACUUAAUCAUUUGUUAAUGGUAUUGAAGUAUGUGACAAAUAAGGAUGUUUUCAUGCGGUUCCAUAAAGCUCACUUGUCCAGAAGGUUGAUCCUGGAUAUGAGUGCUGACCAAGAAAAAGAGGAAGCAGUUGUGAAUAGAUUGAGGGAAGCUGGAAUGCCAGCUGAGCAUGUGAAUAAGCUAUCAAGAAUGCUCCAAGACAUUGAACUGAAUAAGGAUAUUAACAAUGCUUUCAAGAAACAUCUGCUGACGAAUAAUAAUACGAAAGCAGGUAUUCAAAAAUCCACUCCCUGA